AUGGUUGUUUUAGCUGCAUCAAUAUGCACUCGUGGUGGCAAAGCUCUUUUAUCAAGACAAUUCAGAGAUGUCACUAAGGAUAGAAUUACUGCAUUGUUGGCAAAUUUUCCAAGUUUGAUUUCGAAUUCUGGGUCACAACAUACCACGGUAGAAGAUGAACACGUUAGAUAUGUUUAUCAACCGUUGGAAGAAUUUUACAUAGUUUUGAUUACAACCAAGCACUCGAAUAUCUUGCAGGACAUCGACACAUUGCAUUUAUUUGCUUCGACUGUCAGUAACAUGUUGAGGUUGGUUGACGAGAGAGAGAUUUUUGAAAAUGCAUUUCAAAUUUUAAGUGCGUUCGAUGAAAUUAUCAACUUGGGGUUCAAGGAAAACUUAACUUUAUCCCAAGUUCAAACAUUCUUAGAAAUGGAUUCUCAUGAAGAAAAGAUCCAAGAAAUCAUUGAAAGAAAUAAGGAGUUAGAGGCUACAGAAGAAAGAAAGAGACGCGCAAAAGAAAUCCAGAGAAAGGAGUUAGCUCGUCGUAACUUGGAGCAAUCAUCGGCGCCAAUAAUAAAUUCGUCCUUUGGGUAUGAGUCUUAUCAGAACCAAUUCAAUUCAUCUAACCAAUCGACUUACCAACCAACACCAAGCAUCGAGCAGGUUUCAAACACGACAUUAAGCUCAAAGCCUGUAUCAUCUAGAGGUGGAUUACAAUUGGGAAAGAAAACUGGCAGAGUUGCGGAACAAAACCAACCUUUGCUCACCCAAAAUCAACCAAGUUUUAGUCAUGCUGCUGCCACCCAAGCACAACCUCAAAUUUCAAAUCAACCGGCAUCUUUCCCAGCCUCGCAAACAUCUUCACCAGCUCCACAAGCUCCAAAGGUUCCAAACAAUGGUAUCCUAAUUACUGUUAAUGAAAAGGUUACUGCUGAGUUAACUCGUGAAGGUUCCGUUAUCCUGUCCGAAGUUAAAGGUGAUUUGCAAUUAAGAAUCAAUAAUCCAGAAUUAGCAAGUUCUAAAAUUUUAUUGAAAACUGGUGAUAAAUCAAGUGGUGUUCAAUACAAGACUCACCCUAACGUUGACCGUAAUUUAUUCACGCAACAGAAUGUUAUUGGAUUAAAAGAUAAGACUAAGCCAUUCCCUUCGAACGAUCAAUCAUUAGGUGUCUUAAGAUGGAGAGCCGUUGGUAAAAAUGAUGAUUCAAGUUUAUUGCCAAUUGUUAUCACUGCCUGGGUUACUUCGAAUGAUGGAAAUGCAGAUGUUACUUUAGAAUACGAAUUAACAUCUGAGUAUGUCGAGUCUCAUCAAAGUCAAGGCUCAUUAGAGAAUAUUAAGAUCUUGGUACCAUAUCCUUCACCCGAUGUUAAUUUGAAAGAUGAAUCAGGCAACAUUGCUUAUGAUAUUACUGAAUACGGUGUUGUAUUUUCCAUUGAAUCAAUUUCAUUAGAUGAUCCUCAAGGAUCUUUUGAAUUUUCUAUUCCUUCGCCUGACGAAGAUUCAUUGUUCCCAAUGGAGCUUCAAUUCGAUAUCAAUAAGACAGAUGCGAAUGAAACUGACACAUGCUUAGGUAAAGUUCAAGUUCUUGAUAUUGUGUCCAAUAAUGAGGAUGAAGAAUCAUUGCCGUUCGAUUUACAUUCUAAUUUAUCAUCUGACGGAUACCAAGUUAGCUAA